AUGGAGACCACCUUGAGGCCCGCCAAUUCGACAAUUCGAACAAGAUCGACACAGACAAGUGUGUACCCCAAUCAGAUGCACAAGUUCGGCAUAAACGGGGUGCCAACCGUGGUCCUCUUCAAGGAGGGCAAUGAGAUAACGCGAACGGAGGGCGUUGUGCCAUACAGCAACUCCGAUAUUGCCUGGGUGGGGGCGGCGUUGGCCAGGGAAGGGACGGUUGCGCCCCACCUCCCCCGCCGCGGCCGCCCCAAGAUGCCUGCACGACCCCCCCUGCGGGAUGCGGGCACCCUGCCACUCCUCUUUUUGAGUGCCUAG